GCGGAGGACGCCGGGGGGGACACGGCCAAGGUGACGCUCCCCCCUCAGAGCCGCCGCCGCCGCCGCCCCGAGCGGACCCCGCGCAGAUUAACAAAAUGCAGGCUCCCGUGGCACUUCUCAGCUCCCCGGCACUGUUCCGCUGCUGCUCCAGGGCUCUGGCCAGGCCCGUUUCAGUGUCUGUGUUCAGCAGGCCUGAGGCUCAGACUGCACAGGCAGCCGCCGCCUCCUCCCCACAGCUGAUCCGCCGGGAAUUCCAGAGCAGCGCCGUGUCCCGGGACAUCGACACGGCCGCCAAGUUCAUCGGGGCCGGGGCUGCCACGGUGGGGGUGGCGGGGUCGGGAGCGGGGAUCGGGACCGUCUUUGGCAGCCUCAUCAUCGGCUACGCCAGGAAUCCGUCCCUGAAGCAGCAGCUGUUCUCCUAUGCCAUCCUGGGCUUUGCCCUGUCCGAGGCCAUGGGGCUCUUCUGUCUGAUGGUGGCAUUCCUGAUCCUCUUCGCCAUGUGACGGCUCCGGCUCCCAGCGCUCCGUCCUCGCCACUGGAGCCUCUUCCCAUCACUGCGUUCCAGACUGACCAUUAAAGAAAGGAUUUCUCUAAAUAAACUGGUGGCUUGGUUUUUGG